GCAUUUUUCAUUUUUCAUUCUCUUUCACCCAAAACCCUAAUUCCUCGAUUUUGCCUGCUCCAGAGUCCGGCUCCCUUCCCUCCUGUUCCGCUUCUGAAGAUGGCGGAUUCUCCUCGCAAAAGGCAUUCGCAAUCCCCUUCCCCAUGGAGAGCUCAGUCCAGGUCCAGAUCAAGAUCUAGGUCUUGGUCAAGACCUAGGUCGAGGUCAAGAUCUCGAUCCUGGUCAAGGCCAAGGCCUAGAUCCCGAUCCAGAAGCCGUGGCAGGUCAAGGUCCAGAAGUCAUGGCAGGUUAGCAACUGAGGCAUUAAAUCAGGGGAACACGCUCUACGUUACUGGCCUAUCAACAAGGGUCACAGAAAGGGACCUUGAAGAUCAUUUCUCAAAAGAGGGAAAGGUUGCUUCAUGCUUUCUGGUGGUGGAGCCUCGUACACGAAUUUCUCGCGGUUUUGCAUUUGUUACGAUGGACUCUGUCGAAGGUGCAGACCGAUGCGUCAAGUAUCUCAACCAAUCAGUUCUAGAAGGCCGAUACAUAACUGUAGAGAGGUCACGGAGGAAGCGACCAAGGACUCCAACACCUGGGCACUACCUUGGGUUGAAAAGCACCAGAGACUAUGGCUACCGUGGAGAUCGUGAUCGUGGUAGGCAUCGUGGAGGGUCAAGCCGUGAUGACUAUGGGUAUCGUAGGUCCCCAAGACGCUCACCAUACCGAGGAGGUCGUGAUUUUUCUCCAAGGCAGUCUCCAUACGGCGGAAGGUCAAGGAGGGAUCGAUCCAGGUCUCCUUAUGGUAGGUGAGGCCAAGUUUGGGAAAAACUAGAUGGCAGUGUAAUGAAUGACGUUUCAUUAAAUGUGGUUCUGGAGUUUGUUAAGCACACAGUUGUGUUAGUUUGGAGUGCUUGUUUUUUUUAUCUUUGAGCGUUUGGAGUGCUUGUAAUCAAAGUUUAAGAUAGGAUUGCUGAAUUUGAAAUUAUGUAAUCCGUAUGUUGGCUUAAUUUCGGUUAAGGUUGUUCUUUUCAUGCUGGAUUAACAAAAUUUGUCUGUCGCUAACACUUUUU